GGGGUCCUGAUGAACCAUGAAACUGCCCCCUCCCAAUUAGAACAGAGAGCUUAUGUUAUUGAAGAGCAGCUUAGCCAAUGAGGUGGUGGUGCAGGCAGAUACAGCAGUAACAAAACAGCAGAACGAGUGGGCAAGAAAAAAACUGCAUGCCCUGAAGCCGCUAGAGAAGGUUUGCUGAGGAGGAAGAGACCCAGCACACAAGAUCACCCUGAUCGUGAGGGCCACCUAUCAAGAUUUGGCUGACUGUGUGUGGCCUAGCCAUCUAGGAUGAAGUGGAACCUGUUCAAGAAGAAGCCUGAAGCCAUGGUCGGACCGGAGCCCACCGGGGCCGCUGUCUUAACUGUUGCCCCUGGCCCCGUGGCCUCCACUGCAGCUGACAACUCCACAGAGGCCGUCAAGAACGGCGACUUUGAUGACAUCAAGAAUAAGUUCCUCAAUGAGAUCGACAAGAUCCCAUUGCCAUCAUGGGCCAUCAUCGCCAUUGCAGUGGUAGCCGCUACCCUGAUUCUCACUUGCUGCUUCUGCAUCGUUAAGAAGUGCUGUUGCAAGAAGAAGAAGAACAAGAAGGGCAAGAAAGGGAAGGGUGAAAUGGGCAUGGCGAACAUGAAAGGAGGAGAGAAACAGGACGAUGAUGAUUAUGAUGAAGAUGAUGCUGAGACUGGCAUGACUGGAGAUGAGAAAGAGGAAGAGGUGAAGGAGAAAGAAAAGCUUGGGAAGCUUCAGUACUCCAUAGAUUACGACUUCCAGGACAACAAGCUCACAGUGGGCCUCCUCCAAGCAGCUGAUCUCCUCUCCAUGGACAGUGGAGGCACCUCUGACCCCUAUGUCAAGGUCUACGUCCUCCCAGACAAGAAGAAGCAUUUUACCACCAAGGUGCACAAGAAGACGCUGAACCCUACCUUCAAUGAGACCUUUGUCUUCAAGAUUCCAUUCCAAGAGAUGGGUGGCAAGACUUUGGUCAUGCAGGUCUUUGACUUUGACCGCUUCUCUAAGCAUGACGUCAUCGGAGAGGUAAAACUACCCUUGCACAAACUGGACCUGGCCCAGCCACUGGAGGAGUGGAGGGACCUGGACAGUGCAGAGAAAGAAGAGCAAGAGAAGCUCGGAGAUAUCUGCAUCUCUCUCCGCUACGUGCCCACUGCUGGGAAACUCACCAUCUGCAUCCUGGAGGCCAAGAACCUCAAGAAGAUGGACGUGGGAGGACUCUCAGAUCCCUAUGUGAAGAUCAACUUGAUGCAGAACGGCAAGCGUCUGAAGAAGAAGAAGACCACGGUGAAGAAGAACACUCUGAAUCCAUACUACAACGAGUCCUUCAGCUUUGAGAUCCCUAUUGAGCAGAUGCAGAAAAUCCAAGCUGUGGUCACAGUGCUGGAUUAUGACAAGAUCGGUAAAAACGACGCCAUCGGGAAGAUCUGGGUGGGCAGCAAGGCGACGGGCACCCAGCUGAAGCACUGGUCCGACAUGCUGGCCAACCCUCGCCGCCCCAUCGCCCAGUGGCAUCCACUGCAGCCCGAGGAGGAGAUCGAUGCUUCGCUGGCAGCCCUGAACGCCAAGAAGUAAACCUCCUCUACCCACAAACACCCACACCCAAACCUACCCAUCAUUCUCACCCCUGGUCCUACACAUCUCCCAAUACUACAUUUCAAACUAACACACCAACCAAUUCUACACCCUUCACCGCAAAAGAUACCUACCUAUAUCCCAAUUGACAUGAUCAACAAAUAAUAGAAAAUAAAAGCUGUGCCAUUCCACAAGGAGACAGUCACAAGAUCACUCAAUUGAUUUUCAUAUUGGGGUUGCAGUUAGUUACAUUGUAUCAUGAGGAUAGGAGCCUAGAGUGUGAAAACAGGGGUCCAAUGUGAUGGAGGAUUAGGGAAGUAAAACCACACAUUCACUCAUUUUGUACCUUUUCACCCCCUCCCCUUAGAGACAACGUUUGCUUCAAUACUGCUUGAUAAUUAAAAUGCUUUAUACUGCCAUGUAAUAGAGGAAAAACACAAGCAAGUUAAUUCCUUGGGUGUAUUGUUGCACCAUGCUCCACACCUGCCAGUUACUUACUUACUACUUACUUACUACAUACUACAUACAAUUCCAUUAGUUUGAAGUACAUUCCUAGAGUUGGGUAAAGAGUAGAGAUACACAGUAUCCAGUUAACCCACACUGUUAACACACUGCCUUUUUGAUUAUUAGCUCAUCUGCUCACCCAUAUUCUCAGGUACACUGAGAGAAAACUGAAACUUCAUGCCUUUCUUUCGAAACGGGUUGUUAUUAAAAAUGCUCCGCAACAUGAUCAGAGAAUAAUGUUUUGAUGAUUUGAAAAUCUCAGUCUGGUGCUGGAUUGGUUUAUUUUUCCAUAAUCUAAGACUAGUCUAAAUUUAUCACUGAAAUGGCAACAGGAGAUAGUCUCUCUAGAGUGUCUCUCAAUAACACAGUUUGUGGCUGUCAGUCAACAGAGUUGAGAUGUGAAAUAUGUUUAGGAUAAAGGGACUAUGAGCCACUGUAAGUGUCUACCAUGGCCCUACGCUGGCAAAGCAUGCAAGAGAGAGAAUAUCUGUGUGGAAACUCCAAGGACUGAAUGGGACCCUGGUUGACACAAUGUUGUUUGUCAGGUGUCCAUUCUACUGCCUGCAAUCUACCACCUUCCCCUCCAAUGCCUCUACUAUUUAUGAUCUAUCUCCCUGUUCAGUGCUACUGCCAUUAGUCAUGGACUCAAAACAAGGAUUUCACUUGUUCAAAGGAAUCCCUGUAUCCGUCUUACAGUCAUAAAGGAGACAAGCCUUCCAAGUAAUAAAAUAAGCAAUUCUCAACUACCAGGGACGCCUUCCAAUUAGCUGUGUUGUUUUUUACUCACCCUUUUUUUUUCAACCUCAAACACUUUUAUUCCUCAAGCACUUUAAAUCCAAAUGUUCUGUUCUAAUUCUACUCUCCGAAAACCAGAGCUUUAACAAUUUAUUUUAUGAUGAAUAAUUCCUGGUAAAAAAGCAAGAGAGUGAAUUUGUGAGUGAAUCAUUAUUUUUGUAGGUUUGUUUGAUCAUUUCUCACCUUGUUUUUCUUGUGAAUGCACUUUGAUUGUUCUGAGAUAAUUGUUCUUAAGUUCGAUUGAAAGGAUAAGAUCUGGAAGUAGGUUCCCGUUAUGUGUACGUAUACACAGAUUACCAAACUGCUGAAUCUAAUUGCACUAUACUGGAUAUCACUAUGUUUCGUGGUUAUAGAUUGUUAUUUGAUCUAUGGAGUUUUUGUGAUGAGAUGUCGUGAGUUUGAGUCAGGUCUCGUAUUCAAAAGUCUUCUGAUUGGGAAUAAGACACAUUUCAAUUAAAUGAUGCUCUUCAGAUCCUUCGCUGAAUAAGGGAUUUUCACAUUUUGACUUUCUCUUGAGAUACAUUUGAGUAUAAAACUAAUCAUAUGACUGAAUUAAAUGUACAAUUUAAACAUUUAAAAGCCGUAGCAAAAUACCAUUAGACAUUCGAGCCACACUAGUAAUUUGAUGGGACAUGAACUGUCUCUGUGCACCAUCUUGUUCCAAACGACAAAAUAGUCCAAAGCAAAGCAAUGUCUUUCAAUGACGGCGAAAAGUACUUGAUUGUGUUUAAUAACAAGCAGUUUGAUGUUUAAACAGUUUGACAACUUUUAUACGUUUGGGAAUUACAGUAGUAAAUGUUGGUUAAUGUAUUGCUUUUCUCUAUUGGACAACUAUAUCUUUAUUUAUAUGUCCAUUAGGGGUCAGAUUAGUUAUGUUUUAUAUUUCAUUUGAUUUAGAUUAUUCUAUAUGUUCAAAAAGCAACACUAAAGAAAAUACAAAAUGCAAGCAAUCAAACAACCAUCGGUGUGUAGUUUUGCCUAUAUACAUAGUUCAUCCAUGUUGAUACUGCAUGUUUCUACAAAAUACUGUACAAAAGAGCAUGUUUUAGAGAUAAAGCAAAAAUAUAUUGUGUACGUAUGUGGGUGUCAUUUGUCAUUUUAAUACUCUAACACAAUGCAGGAAAAAAUAUACACUGUAUAUUUUCUAAAUGAAACAAAUGUGUAUUUAUUUUCCAUGAAUGGGUUAUUGGAGAAAAUGUCAUAAUAUAUUAGAAUAAUACGAUUCUGUCCACGCCUAAACUUUUAGGCAAAUUUGUCGUCAAGUACUGUGUGUGAGUUCACGUAGGAUGAAAAUGUAGCCGCAUGCUUGCUAUCUAACUCCUUGUGAUUUAUUUGGAUUAAUUAUAAUUUAUUUCAAAUGUAUUUAUUUCAAAUGUAUUUAUUUAUUUAUUCAUACAAUGUUUUCUUUUGGGAUUAUUUAAGUCUAUGUUUGUCUUCUUGCCAAAUAUCAGACAUUGUAGGGGGGCUCCAAGUUCAAGGAAUACAACUAUUCCAAAGUGGAACUCUCCAAUGAUCAGUGCCAAUGCUGAAACGUUUACACCAUUUGGUUAAAAAGACAAGAAAAAAUAUCAUCCUGAUUUUUAGACGAACAUGUAUUACAAGCAUACUACUUAGGAUGCUAAAGAGCCUCCCCAUAACUGAAUCCACACACCUCCAAACUGGACAAAAAGCUUGGAGUCCCCUACUGUACAUUCAACUUUUUGGGGGGAGUUUUACUUUGCGUUGGUUUAACGACCUGACACCCUUUGCAAUUAUGUACAUUUUACAGUGUUUAUUAUACAAAUAUAUGUGUAUGUGUAAACAGAUAGUUGAAUUAGAUAAAAACUAAAGCCAUAAUACUCAAGCACUAACUCUUUAGAGCUCUGCUGUAUAACUAGUUAUUGAUUUGUAAAAAAACAACAACAAAAAAACGUCUUAAUCUUUCUAGGUCAGUGUUUCUCAUCUAUGUUCUGUUCAGAACUCUGUACUCAUCUAGAUUCUAGAAGGCAAAAUACUGAGCACUGAGAGCAGUUGUGAGUUUAGUAGAGUGGAUGUGAUUUUGUUUUCUACUUUGAAGAUGUUGAAGCUGUCUUUAUUUUAUAAAUGUAGUAGCUGAUAUAUUCCAGUGAUGUAAUUUGUAUAUGCCUUGUUUUGAUAGUAUGAAUCAUGGAUCUUCUUAUCUCACAAGAUGUUAUUGAAAAUACUAAAAGAAGGCAUGCAGAACAUUUACAUUAUUGAAAUGUGAGUGUCAGGCUGGCCUGUUGGUGAUCCUUGGGCUGAGUGCAAUUUAUUUAGGACCCUAACUGCGAUGUGUGGAUCCCUCUAUUUUCAUCCACAGUGGCUUUACAGACAUUACAUAACAUCGUGAUCAAAGAUAUGGCAGAAAUAUAUAUCUAACUUGUAACAAUGCCAAGCCUCAGCAUUAUUGUUUGAUCAACAUAGGUUGCGUUCAUGGCACACAGUAAAGUUAAGAUAAAUAAUCUACAGCCUAAUCUUAGCCACUUUGAUGGAAACUAGCUGUUUCAAGUCAACAUUUCCUCUAAUAGCAACACUAUUGAAAUAAUAAUCAUAGUGUUGUCUGAUGUUUGCAACAAUUUUAUAACGGGAUCAUUGAUGUUGCUUCUUCACUCAAUGUCACAAUCAAUCCUGUUGAACUGUGACCAAACCAAUGCACAUGGAACUUUAAUCCAGUUGAAGAUUUCAGUGUCUUUCCAAAAUACUGCCAGUAUAUCCAUCUAUAUUUACAAUUCCAUGAAAUCAUCAUCAGUAAUCUGUUUGAAUCUAUUUCAGAGCCAAAAUAAUUCCACUGAUGCGGAUGCAGAUUAGAUGAUAAAAUAACUGUGAUUAAAGGGUCAUAUGCAGCACAUUUUUAUUAAAAAAAGUUGAUUGUUUCAAUGCGUUUUACACUGCCACGGUCAUUGCAAUCAUGACCACCGACUGGACAGUUAGCUGUAUGGGGAAAAAGACUGACAACUGUGUAUUUAUGUAUGUUACAGGACAAAAAGCAUAGGCCCUUUAUAAAGUUAGCGGUUGCAGUGCUAAAACACAGUACUACUGCAACUUACUAUACCUUACUAUACCUACAGUAUACCUAUACACUUAUAUAUCUUCAUGCCCAGAAUACAUAAACCAUUCUUAAGUGUACAUUUAAGUGGUGAUGAAAAUAAUUAACAAACAUGUUUUUAUUUACAAUGUUUAAUAGAGUUUAAAAUUAUUUAUAUUAUAGGAUUACCUAUUUUUUUGAUAGCCUAAAUUGAUAUAUCUACUUUAUGCACAACUGCUUUAGAAACUAACUGUAGGCUAUAUCUCAGCGGGGAAGAAACAAUGGAUUGAGAGCACGAUGAUUCACACACUACAUUCUACAGUUAUUUUGUACUACUGGCUGCUUUGUUUCUAUCAGGCUUUUAAAUUAAGUAUUCAAGUACAUUAUAAAAAGGGUCAAUGUGAUUUACAAAGGGAUACCAUCCAAACUAGAGUCCAUCGUAUCAAAUCAAAUUUUAUUCGUCACAUGCUUCGUAAACAAAAGGUGUAGACUAACAGGGACAUUUUUACUUACGGGCCCUUCCCAACAGUGCAGAGUGAGAGAAAAUAGAGAAAUAGUUGAAAAGUCAUACAACUUCCAUGUAAAUAAUGUGUUAGGGAGUGUCUCAGUGGGCCUAGGUCACUCACCACCUAACGGUGUGUUCUCCUGUCUCUGUUUGUGUAGCUCACUUUGGGUUUCCUCUUUCUACUGUAAUAAUCACUAUGUUAGUGUUGUGUUUCUAUUGUAUUAUAUUUAGAAUGCAAAACUGCAUUAGGACCAAUGGAAGAGACAAUUAUUGAACUUUUCCACCAUGAAUUCACUGUUUUUCUGUCUUAGCAUUAAUGUGCUGUUGUUGUGGAACUGGGCUCGCUGGGGGCUCCUUUGGAUCCAGAAUGAUACUGUCUGAUUUUCAGAGGAACGUCGUCCUUCACGUUUACAACAUGGAUAUAUAUACUGCCAAAAACACGCAGAAUAGUACCAACCCUCUCUCUUGAACUCUUCCUUCAAUUCUCAUUCUCCAUACUACAAUUGUAUUCCUAAACACUCCUUUUUUCUCCUCUCUUUCCCUUCAUCCUUGUUUUAAGCCCCAGAGGACCAUGGGAUUGUGUGUCCUCUGGCUGUGUUUCUACGUGUCUUAGUGUUGUGGUGCGCGUGUUCAUGUCAGUACUUGUGCCUACUGUGGAUCGCAUGUUUUAGCCCUUGACUGGACACAACACGUUGCUCACAUACAAACUGCCCACGGGCCGUAAGUGGAUGAGCAUCGGGGAUCCUUGUAAAGUUAUCGAGGGAACCAAAUAACUCCAUACAGAUCUAUAAUAAGUGUUACCAGCUCUGUAUGAAACAAAUAGGAAAUAAAGGCAUUUUAAUAAG